AUGGACUGUCCGCUCCUAGUAUGGAUGCUGUCGCUCAGCCGAGACGUGACGCGCGAGGAAUACGAUGAAUGCUAUAAGCUCGUGAAGGAGUGCAUACCGGGCGCACCGGAAAUCAAGCAUGCCCCGGACUCGAACGAAUCACUGCGGCAAGUCCUAUGUCAGAUGAUGCCCCUUCUCAUGAUGCGACAUCGAAGAGUGCCCCGAGCACAGUGGCGGGAUCGGGUCACUCCCAACGGGAAACACUGGAUAGAACAGGAUCCAUCGGGCAUGCACCCCGAAAAGUAUCUACGGUCCAUGAUCGGCUACACGACCGCCAGCGAAGGCUCGCUCGUGGCCAUGUCGAUGGUGCAAGGCCGCCAACGUGAGGUUGUCAACGUCGGCCUCGGCAUGCGCAUGAUCGCGCCCGAACCCCGCGACGCGCCCGUCGCCGCCUACGUCGAGAGCCAGGCGCACAAGCUCACCGAGUUCGAGCUCGGCUUCCUCCGCGGCGAGCCGGACGAGGUCGCGCUCCGCCGGCUCUGCAUCCUGCUCUCGCUCAAGGGCGCGUACAUCCAGGCGAUCGGCCAGCCGCUCGGCUUCGACUGGUCCCGGCUCGAGUUCAACAUCCCGACCCAGGCCGCGCGCGGCGACGGCCACCCGCUUACGGGCUGGGAGUUCCGCGUGUUCCGCGCCGAGCUCGGCGUCGUCCGCGAGGGCGAGCUCGUGCCCGAGUCGUACCAGUGCGCGACCGCCUUCUUCCGCGGGACGAGCGAGAGCAAGUUUGUGUGGCAGGAGAACCAGAAGGAGAUCGAGAGCUGGGUCCAGUUUUUGAACAUCGAGCAGAUGAUCAAGGUCAUCCCCAAGCUGUCUGCGUAG